AUGACAGACCAAAUACCACCAGUGCCCUCUUCCCCAGAGGACGUUGCAAAGGCCGAUACAGCCCAGCAUGCCGAGAAUGACGGCGACAAUCUCAAGGCGCAGCUUCCGCCCCAACUUGUCAACCAGGCGCAUCCAGAGAUCUACAUGCAAGCACUGAUGCGGUAUCCCAACGACGAGUCUAUCGACCAGGCAGACGAAAAGCGCCUUGUGCGAAAGCUGGACAUGCACAUUCUGCCGCUGCUGGGCGUCUGCUACUUUUUCUACUACGUCGACAAGACGACCCUUUCGUACGCUGCAAUCUUUGGCCUGAAGGAGGGCCUCGGACUCAAAGGGGAGGAGUACGCCUGGUUGUCCUCGAGCUUCUACUUUGGCUGGCUGAUCUGGGCCAUCCCGUCCAACCUCAUCAUGCAGCGAAGCCCGCCGGCCUACUACCUUGCCUUUAACAUCUUCAUGUGGGGGGCUCUUCUCAUGGCUCAGGCGGCGGCCUUCAAUUUCGCGGGGCUAUUGGCUUUGCGAAUUCUGUCGGGCGCAUUCGAGGCCAUCGCCGACCCGGCCUUUAUGUUGAUCACGUCCAUGUUUUACACCCGCGCCGAGCAGCCUAGCCGAAUUUCGGCGUGGUAUGCGUGGAAUGGGAUUGGUGUUGCGGGUGGGGGACUGAUCGGCUACGGCAUCGGCCACAUCAAAGGCUCCCUCUCGUCGUGGCGGUACGAGUUCAUCGUGGUCGGAGCAUUUUGCUCCGCCUGGGCCGUGGUGCUCCUGUUCCUGCUGCCCAACUCCCCGCGCACAAUAUGGGGCUUCAGCCACGACGAGAAGCUCCUCAUGAUCGCGCGCAUGCGGCGCAAUCAGACGGGCAUCGAGCAGCGCCGCAUCAACUGGGCCCAGAUCCGCGAGGCGUACCUCGACUACAAGACUUGGCUGUUCACGCUGCUCGGGUUCCUGGCAAACAUACCAAACGGCGGCAUAUCCAACUUCUCGACGCUGGUCAUCCAGGGGCUGGGCUUCGACACGUUCCAGACGGCGCUCUUGGGCAUCCCGCAGGGCGUGCUGGUGGUCGUUUGGAUCGGGCUGGGUGCCUUGGCCAACAGGUUCAUGCCCAACAACUGCCGCACUCUGGUCUGUGCCUUGUUCAUGGUCCCGACCAUUGCAGGCGCGCUUGGGUUCCUGCUAGCGCCUGCUGAUGCCUAUGUUGGGCGUUUGGUGUGCUUUUACCUCACCGGCUCCUACCAAGCCUCGUUUGUCAUAUCCCUGUCCCUCAUCACCUCAAACACGGGCGGGCAAUCCAAGAAGAUGAUCGUGUCGGGCAUGAUCUGGUUUGGCGCCUGCGUUGGCAACAUCGCCGGCCCCUUCUUCUACCGCUCCGACCAGGCACCCAAGUACCCGCUCGGCAUCGGCAGCCUGCUGGUGGCCAACUGCGCCGAGCUGGCUCUGUUUUUUGUGUUUCGCUACGCCUUCAUCUGGGAGAACAAGAAGAAGGAGCGCCAGAGGGAGAGGCUGAGGGCCGAGGGUGGCGGGUUGCUGGCCGGGGAGGAUCAGACGGCUUUUACGGAUCUGACUGAUGGAGAGAAUCCCAAUUUUACAUACGUUUAUUAG